UUAGAACUCAAGAUGUUGGAGGUAAUGUAGUAGCAGUGGACAAGUGCGAUUGAGACUUGCUGAGUGAAAGUAAACCAGUUUGAUGUCACCGAGUGAACAAGUGAAACUAAAACUGAUUCAUUUUUCGACGAUAUACAUAUAGGCUUACUCUAUAUCUUCCUUCUUUGGCAUAGUUAACGUUACAUGUUAUCAAACAUUUUAGGGAAUAUUUCUAGUAAUAUUGUAAGUGCCAGCGAGAUUCCGUUACCUGUUAUGGAAACCUUCUGAGAAACUGUGAAACAGACUUUUCAGCAAUGAACCACCAAAUAAGACACGUUGAAAAGCGAUACCAUGGGUUGAAAAAUCAGGGUGCUACCUGCUACCUGAACAGUGUGCUGCAGUGUCUCUUCAUGACCAAAGAGUUCAGAAAAGCUAUAGAGAGUUUUAAGCAAGGUCCAAGGUUCUUUAUUCAACAAAGUGAUGAUCUGUUGACACAACUACAAAAACUCUUUGAGAACCUACAAGUGGUUAAUGGCACUACUGAGGAGAUAACUCAUAGCCUGUGCAUUAGAAGUGUUUAUGAACAGCAAGACGCAGUGGAAUACUUUCAGAAAAUCUUAAAAGCAGUUGGGCCACAAGUGAACAAGGACUUUGAAGGGAAAAUGAGUAACAGAAGUAAAUGUCUAAAUGGCCAUGUAUUUCAAGAGAGGUAUCCCUUCAUCACAGUCCCUUUAGCCAUAGAGGCUGGGCAUGAUGAAUUGUACACUGUGAGACAGGGACUGGAAGCGUUUUUCAAACAUUCAAAGUUAGAUGAAGACAACUGGUUGUAUUGUGACGAAUGUGACCAAAAAACAGAAACAGAGACUUGGAAUGAAAUAGAGGAGUUUCCUACUAUCCUAACUCUGCACUUGAAGAGGUUUGACUAUGACUUUGUGGAGAUGAGGCAUGUGAAGAAUGGCUGUCCCAUGGAUAUUCCCCUGAGUAUAGACAUUGAAGAUUGUGAAUAUGUUCUUUAUGCAGUUAUUAACCACAAUGGGGGAUAUAGUUCAGGUCACUAUAAUGCUAUCAUCAAGUCAUUUGAGGAUGACAUGUGGUACUGCUUUGAUGACUCUUCUGUUACAAAGGAUUCAAAGAACUCCCUCAAACACUCGCGGCUGGCCUAUUUACUGAUGUACAGAAAAAGUGCACCUCCCACAGACGCAGGCCCUGCUGCGUCCAGUGUGAUCUGCGCUCCUGAGGGUGCUCCUCCUCUAGACACAGGCCCUGCUGUGUCAUGCACACCAUACUCUCAUGUGGACAUUCCUCCUACAGAAGCAGGCCCUGUUGCAGCCAGUGCUCACUGCACUCCUGAAGACACUCCUCCUCUAGAAGCAGGCCAUGCUGUAUUCUGUGUCUCCUGCACUCUUGAGGGCACUUCCUCUCUAGACACAGGCCCAGCUGCAUCGUGCACACCAUGCUCGCCUGCAGAAGCUCCUCCUACAGAAGCAGGCCCUGUUAUACCCUGUGCUCACUGUGCUCCUGAAGACACUCCUCCUCUAGAAAGAGGCCCUGCUGCAUUGUGUGUGCCCUGCGCUCCUGAGGGUGCUCCUCCUCUAGACACAGGCCCUGCUGUGUCAUGCACACCAUACUCUCCUGUGGACAUUCCUCCUACAGAAGCAGGCCCUGUUGCAGCCAGUGCUCACUGCACUCCUGAAAACACUCCUCCUCUAGAAGCAGGCUCUGCUGUAUCCUGUGUCUCCUGCACUCCUGAGGGCACUUCCUCUCCAAACACAGGCCCAGCUGCAGCAUGCACACCAUGCCCGCCUGCAGAAGCUCCUCCUCUAGAAGCAGGUCCUGCUGCAUUGCACGUGCCCUGUGCUCCUGAGGGUGCUCCUCCUCUAGACACAGGCCCUGCUGUGUCAUGCACACCAUGCUCUCCUGUGGAUACUCCUCGUACAAAAGCAGGCAUCCUGCAUCCUGCUGCAUCCUACACUCCCGAAGGCACUUCCUGUCCAGAUGCAGGCCCAAAUGUGUCUUGUGUGCCAUGCUUGCCUGUGGAAGCUUCUUCUUCGGAAGCAGACCCUGCUGCACCCUGCGCUCCUGAGGGCACGCCACCUUUAGAAGCAGGCCCUGCUGCUUCCUAUACGCCCUGUGCUCCUGAAGACACUCCUCCUCUAGAAGCAGGCUCUGCUGUAUCCUGUGUCUCCUGCGCUCCUGAGGGCACUUCCUCUCCAAACACAGACCCAGCUGCAGCGUGCACACCAUGCCCGCCUGCAGAAGCUCCUCCUCUAGAAGCAGGCCCUGCUGCAUUGUGUGUGCCCUGUGCUCCUGAGGGUGCUCCUCCUCUAGACAUAGGCCCUGCUGUGUCAUGCACACCAUACUCUCCUGUGGACAUUCCUCCUAAAGAAGCAGGCCCUGUUGCAGCCAGUGCUCACUGCACUCCUGAAAACACUCUUCCUCUAGAAGCAGGCUCUGCUGUAUCCCGUGUGUCCUGCGUUCCUGAAGGCAUUCCUCCUCUAGAAGCAGGCCCUGCUGCAUUGCGCAUGCCCUGCGCUCCUGAGGGUGCUCCUCCUCUAGACACAGGCCCUGCUGUGUCGUGCACACCAUGCUCUCCUGUGGAUACUCCUCGUACAAAAGCAGGCAUCCUGCAUCCUGCUGCAUCCUACACUCCCGAAGGCACUUCCUGUCCAGAUGCAGGCCCAAAUGUGUCUUGUGUGCCAUGCUUGCCUGUGGAAGCUUCUCCUUCGGAAGCAGACCCUGCUGCACCCUGCGCUCCUGAGGGCACUCCACCUUUAGAAGCAGGCCCUGCUGCUUCCUAUACGCCCUGUGCUCCUGAAGACACUCCUCCUCUAGAAGCAGGCUCUGCUGUAUCCUGUGUCUCCUGCGCUCCUGAGGGCACUUCCUCUCCAAACACAGACCCAGCUGCAGCGUGCACACCAUGCCCGCCUGCAGAAGCUCCUCCUCUAGAAGCAGGCCCUGCUGCAUUGUGUGUGCCCUGCGCUCCUGAGGGUGCUCCUCCUCUAGACAUAGGCCCUGCUGUGUCAUGCACACCAUACUCUCCUGUGCACAUUCCUCCUAAAGAAGCAGGCCCUGUUGCAGCCAGUGCUCACUGCGCUCCUGAAGACACUCUUCCUCUAGAAGCAGGCUCUGCUGUAUCCUGUGUCUCCUGCGCUCCUGAGGGCACUUCCUCUCCAAACACAGGCCCAGCUGCAGCGUGCACACCAUGCUCGCCUGCAGAAGCUCCUCCUCUAGAAGCAGGCCCUGCUGCAUUGUGUGUGCCCUGCGCUCCUGAGGGUGCUCCUCCUCUAGACAUAGGCCCUACUGUGUCAUGCACACCAUACUCUCCUGUGGACAUUCCUCCUACAGAAGCAGGCCCUGUUGCAGCCAGUGCUCACUGCACUCCUGAAGACACUCCUCCUCUAGAAGCAGGCUCUGCUGUAUCCUGUGUGUCCUGCGUUCCUGAAGGCAUUCCUCCUCUAGAAGCAGGCCCUGCUGCAUUGCGCAUGCCCUGCGCUCCUGAGGGUGCUCCUCCUCUAGACACAGGCCCUGCUGUGUCGUGCACACCAUGCUCUCCUGUGGAUACUCCUCGUACAAAAGCAGGCAUCCUGCAUCCUGCUGCAUCCUACACUCCCGAAGGCACUUCCUGUCCAGAUGCAGGCCCAAAUGUGUCUUGUGUGCCAUGCUUGCCUGUGGAAGCUUCUCCUUCGGAAGCAGACCCUGCUGCACCCUGCGCUCCUGAGGGCACUCCACCUUUAGAAGCAGGCCCUGCUGCUUCCUAUACGCCCUGUGCUCCUGAAGACACUCCUCCUCUAGAAGCAGGCUCUGCUGUAUCCUGUGUCUCCUGCGCUCCUGAGGGCACUUCCUCUCCAAACACAGACCCAGCUGCAGCGUGCACACCAUGCCCGCCUGCAGAAGCUCCUCCUCUAGAAGCAGGCCCUGCUGCAUUGUGUGUGCCCUGCGCUCCUGAGGGUGCUCCUCCUCUAGACAUAGGCCCUGCUGUGUCAUGCACACCAUACUCUCCUGUGCACAUUCCUCCUAAAGAAGCAGGCCCUGUUGCAGCCAGUGCUCACUGCACUCCUGAAGACACUCCUCCUCUAGAAGCAGGCUCUGCUGUAUCCUGUGUCUCCUGCGCUCCUGAGGGCACUUCCUCUCCAAACACAGGCCCAGCUGCAGCGUGCACACCAUGCUCGCCUGCAGAAGCUCCUCCUCUAGAAGCAGGCCCUGCUGCAUUGUGUGUGCCCUGCGCUCCUGAGGGUGCUCCUCCUCUAGACAUAGGCCCUACUGUGUCAUGCACACCAUACUCUCCUGUGGACAUUCCUCCUACAGAAGCAGGCCCUGUUGCAGCCAGUGCUCACUGCACUCCUGAAGACACUCCUCCUCUAGAAGCAGGCUCUGCUGUAUCCUGUGUGUCCUGCGUUCCUGAAGGCAUUCCUCCUCUAGAAGCAGGCCCUGCUGCAUUGCGCAUGCCCUGCGCUCCUGAGGGUGCUCCUCCUCUAGACACAGGCCCUGCUGUGUCGUGCACACCAUGCUCUCCUGUGGAUACUCCUCGUACAAAAGCAGGCAUCCUGCAUCCUGCUGCAUCCUACACUCCCGAAGGCACUUCCUGUCCAGAUGCAGGCCCAAAUGUGUCUUGUGUGCCAUGCUCGCCUGUGGAAGCUUCUCCUUCGGAAGCAGACCCUGCUGCACCCUGUGCUCCUGAAGGCACUCCACCUUUAGAAGCAGGCCCUGCUGCUUCCUAUACGCCCUGUGCUCCUGAAGACACUCCUCCUCUAGAAGCAGGCUCUGCUGUAUCCUGUGUCUCCUGCGCUCCUGAGGGCACUUCCUCUCCAAACACAGACCCAGCUGCAGCGUGCACACCAUGCCCGCCUGCAGAAGCUCCUCCUCUAGAAGCAGGCCCUGCUGCAUUGUGUGUGCCCUGCGCUCCUGAGGGUGCUCCUCCUCUAGACAUAGGCCCUGCUGUGUCAUGCACACCAUACUCUCCUGUGCACAUUCCUCCUAAAGAAGCAGGCCCUGUUGCAGCCAGUGCUCACUGCGCUCCUGAAGACACUCUUCCUCUAGAAGCAGGCUCUGCUGUAUCCUGUGUCUCCUGCGCUCCUGAGGGCACUUCCUCUCCAAACACAGGCCCAGCUGCAGCGUGCACACCAUGCUCGCCUGCAGAAGCUCCUCCUCUAGAAGCAGGCCCUGCUGCAUUGUGUGUGCCCUGCGCUCCUGAGGGUGCUCCUCCUCUAGACAUAGGCCCUACUGUGUCAUGCACACCAUACUCUCCUGUGGACAUUCCUCCUACAGAAGCAGGCCCUGUUGCAGCCAGUGCUCACUGCACUCCUGAAGACACUCCUCCUCUAGAAGCAGGCUCUGCUGUAUCCUGUGUGUCCUGCGUUCCUGAAGGCAUUCCUCCUCUAGAAGCAGGCCCUGCUGCAUUGCGCAUGCCCUGCGCUCCUGAGGGUGCUCCUCCUCUAGACACAGGCCCUGCUGUGUCGUGCACACCAUGCUCUCCUGUGGAUACUCCUCUUACAAAAGCAGGCAUCCUGCAUCCUGCUGCAUCCUACACUCCCGAAGGCACUUCCUGUCCAGAUGCAGGCCCAAAUGUGUCUUGUGUGCCAUGCUCGCCUGUGGAAGCUUCUCCUUCGGAAGCAGACCCUGCUGCACCCUGUGCUCCUGAAGGCACUCCACCUUUAGAAGCAGGCCCUGCUGCUUCCUAUACGCCCUGUGCUCCUGAAGACACUCCUCCUCUAGAAGCAGGCUCUGCUGUAUCCUGUGUCUCCUGCGCUCCUGAGGGCACUUCCUCUCCAAACACAGACCCAGCUGCAGCGUGCACACCAUGCCCGCCUGCAGAAGCUCCUCCUCUAGAAGCAGGCCCUGCUGCAUUGUGUGUGCCCUGCGCUCCUGAGGGUGCUCCUCCUCUAGACAUAGGCCCUGCUGUGUCAUGCACACCAUACUCUCCUGUGCACAUUCCUCCUAAAGAAGCAGGCCCUGUUGCAGCCAGUGCUCACUGCGCUCCUGAAGACACUCUUCCUCUAGAAGCAGGCUCUGCUGUAUCCUGUGUCUCCUGCGCUCCUGAGGGCACUUCCUCUCCAAACACAGGCCCAGCUGCAGCGUGCACACCAUGCUCGCCUGCAGAAGCUCCUCCUCUAGAAGCAGGCCCUGCUGCAUUGUGUGUGCCCUGCGCUCCUGAGGGUGCUCCUCCUCUAGACAUAGGCCCUACUGUGUCAUGCACACCAUACUCUCCUGUGGACAUUCCUCCUACAGAAGCAGGCCCUGUUGCAGCCAGUGCUCACUGCACUCCUGAAGACACUCCUCCUCUAGAAGCAGGCUCUGCUGUAUCCUGUGUGUCCUGCGUUCCUGAAGGCAUUCCUCCUCUAGAAGCAGGCCCUGCUGCAUUGCGCAUGCCCUGCGCUCCUGAGGGUGCUCCUCCUCUAGACACAGGCCCUGCUGUGUCGUGCACACCAUGCUCUCCUGUGGAUACUCCUCGUACAAAAGCAGGCAUCCUGCAUCCUGCUGCAUCCUACACUCCCGAAGGCACUUCCUGUCCAGAUGCAGGCCCAAAUGUGUCUUGUGUGCCAUGCUCGCCUGUGGAAGCUUCUCCUUCGGAAGCAGACCCUGCUGCACCCUGUGCUCCUGAAGGCACUCCACCUUUAGAAGCAGGCCCUGCUGCUUCCUAUACACCCUGCACCCCUGAAGGCACUUCCUCUCCAGACACAGGCCCAGCUGCAUCUUGUGUACCAUACUUGCCUGCAGGAGUUCCUCCUACAGAAGCAGGCCCUGUUGCAGUCAGUGCUCACUGCUCUCAUGAAGACACUCCUCCUCUAGAAGCAAGCCCUGCUGUAUCCUGUGUGUCCUACACUCCUGAAGGCACUUCAUCUCCUGUGCUGCAUCGUGCUUACAUGGGGGCACCAUCCUAGUGCCAUGGGAGGCCUUGCCUCUCCAUGCCUCACACCUAGGAUCGCACCUUCACCUCUCUGGAAGGCCCUAACUUCACUGCUGCCUCCUUGGAUGGCCUUCACCUUCAUUGCCACUGGCCAUACUACACCUAUGACAGUCUAAUUUAGAGUGCAAAUUUUGAAAUUUGUAAAACUCAUUAUUUCUGCAAAAAUAACCCUAAGGGAAUUAUUGGUCGGUAAGAAAAUGUUUUGUGUGCAUUUUCACCAUGGUGAAGAUCAGUUCUUCCAUAUUAGGAGGAACUGAUCUCCACCAAAUUCAACAAGUAAAUUUAUGAAAUGUAUAAUGAACCUGUUCUGUAUAUUGCUGCUCCAUAUUUAGUUUUUUCCCAUCUGCUGAGUUCCUUAAGGUUACUACUACUACUAUUAUUAGCCAUUUUGUAUCUUAUAAAUUGUUGAAGACAAUUUCAAUUUUUAAUUUUUGCUUUUAAUGUUAAUAUUAACUGUAUGAAUUGAUUGUGUAAUAAAAUAAACAUGAAAUAAAAUAAGUAGUAAGGAUAAAAUGUUCUCUGAAUAGAUAAAAUAGCAUCAUCAGGUUAUAUGGAAUAAGAUAAUUAGCAGGUCAUUUGGACAAGAAAUUGAACACUAUCCUAUUAACUAAUUAGGAAGCUCUCAAAAGAAAAAACCCAGAUGAAAAAAAAAAAAAAACUGGCUGGAAACUGUGCUGGCAACACAAAUGAGGACGCUGGGAUACAUGUGUGAGACUUUAUUGAAACCCAUACUGGUACAGCCACCACCAUAUUGAGUUUGUUAUGUGUGUCUAUUUCUUUAGUUUUUUGGGUUUUUUUGCAGGUUGUCUAUUGCGACUGGAGCAGUGACAAGAGGUUGAUUUUGUUGAUUUGUUGAUUCCUGUCAGGACUGAGAAGACUGGUUGACAGAUUUGUCAACUACAAGUCAGAUACACUCGUCAGGUUUUGCCUCUGCCUCUCCGGUUUCCCCCAUCCUGAUC